AUGAAUAUGUUGGAUGAUGAAGAUGACCAAAGCUUUCACGCUACGCGUGACGGCUACUCCCAUUUGAGCGAUGUCGAAUGGGAUGCGGUUGAACGAAUGGGUUCGACCAUGGGCAUCCAUGCUGUUAGCGUCAUGCUAGAGGCUCUCAAUAGAGAUGCCCAACAUGCUACUAUCGCCAAGUUCAUUCAAAAUGAACUUGACGCAGAACGCUGA